AUGACUUGUUCGAAUUCAACUAAUACCGAUGAUAAUGAUUAUGUAAACAGUAAACUUGAUAUUAAAUCAUAUGGGACAAUAACUUUUUCUCAAAAUUACUCGAAUACAGCUAGUUUUAUUCGAAUACCAUGUGAUGCUUGUCCUAUAAAAACUAAAGAAUUAUUUAUUGAACAAAAAUAUAAUAAAUGUCCACCACUUAUUAUAUCAGUAAUGGGAAGUACAAAAGAAGGUUAUAUGAGAUCAAAAUUAUUUCAAAUAUUUCGUGAAGCUCUUCUCAAAAUAGCUAAAACUACCGAUAUAUGGAUAGUUAGUGCUGGAAUGAAUUCAAGAGUAACUCGAUUUUUUGGUGAAAUAGCUCGAACAAAUCCAGAUCCAUCUCGACCUAUAUAUUUAGUUGGUAUUGCUUCUUGGGGAUGUAUAUCCGAUGUUGAACAACUUGAUGUUCAAGGUACGAAUGUUAUUUAUACAAAAUUACAUAGUAAUAUUAAAGGUGAAACACCACCUGAACCAAAUCAUACACAUUUUAUUUUUAUUGAUGAUGAAACUAAACAUAAUCAUGCAAAUGCAAUUAAAUUUCGUAGUCAAUUUGAACGAGCAAUUUUAGGUGACAAUUUUUCAUUAGAAUCUAUGACAAAUAAAUCAGAUAGUACACCGAUUGUUAUUAUUGUUAUUGAAG